CAUCACUGCACGACAGAAGCCCCCAGGCAAUGACGAUAUCAAGAGAAAGUUUACGAGGGGAUUAGACUUUGAAUGCGAGACAUUCUAAUUCAAGUUAGUUUCAAUUAUGGUUGCUCGUAGUCUCGAGAAGUACCUGAAGCUCUUCCUUCGAAUCCGCAACUCUUACACUUAUCUUUCACUUGUUGUGUGGGUUUUGUUGGAAACGAGCUGACUGGCUUUUGCUCCAUCUCAUGGGGCUGAAACAAGUUGAGUGAGGGCAAUCUAUUACUGAACUCUUGAUGCACGUCCCGGGUCAAGGCGAGAAGCCAGGAACCCGUGUGACGCCAAGGGGGCAUUUUCAGGGCGAGGCACAGAAUUUCACUCUUCAAAUCCAGGGUCUGCAUCUUCUGAAUCAGCCUACGACGAACUAAUCGGCAUUGCUUUUUCGCCGGCUGAAGCAAGUAGCCACCGCCGAAUGGAGCCGCGCUACGCUUGAAAAUGGAUGGACAGUUAUCGCAUAUCGCACUGGGCAGACGGGUUUCCGGAGAUCCAAUGUUGGCGAUGGAUUGCGGGCAGCCUCUCGCCUUACUGGAUACUGGGCCGCCACGAGGCGCCAUUUAAGCAUUGACAUACUAAUACCAUCGACGCCUCACCGUUUGGGCGUUGCGUACAAUCCUCCGAUGGGGCAUUCCCUGAGCACGGCUGAUUGAGCAUGAUAAUCAAGACUGCACUGGAUCUCAGGUCCUCAACAGACUCGGUCACAUUUCUUCAGUCAGGGAUCUGUCUAGCGGCUUUACUUCCCCAUAAGGCUAAAAAGGCUUCGAGACUCCGUAACUGCCAGAUUGGAUAAAAGACGCAAAGAGAGCGACUCACGAACCUGCAGAUGCAGACGCCACCGUUGAGACCCAUCUGCCGGCUCAAGCACCAACGCACCCUAUUUGUCGCCGUUCUGGGUACUGAUCAACUAAUUCCCAAGCAGUUGGGUGGCUUGUCCCCUUAUCCAUGACUGAGCGGUUGCGCUAGAUCCAACGCCCAGGACAGGACAGGACAGGACCAACUGCCACGCACCUAACGCUAGGAAUCACCAUCCAUGGAUGGAUGUUGGCUUACAGGCUACAGCAGCGCACGGCUUGCUUCCGGGCUAGAAGCCGACUCGCUCUGUUUCUCGGAACCUCUUUAGCCUCUUGUGACUUUGCUUUGUGGAUUGCCUGGUCUCAAUAUGUGACGACGGUGUGCAGCAAAUAGAGCCCGGGCCGUCGUCACUCUCUUGCGUUGAAUCGAUUUGAGUUGAGGCUUCAACCCUUCCUUUUGCUUUGCUUUGCUGCGCACGAAUUUCAGCACGGCCAAGGCGAAAGCACGGGCUUGGUCCGCUCUCUGCAGGAACCGCAAGCUUACGGAAGUAUUUGCAGCUGUCAAAUCGUACAUUACCCCCCGAGUUUCCUGCUCGAGUCUGAUCUCGUUUGGUGGCUUGUACUACUUUGGCAUUUCUGAGUCGACCAACUUCCACCAAAUUUUGUUCUUCUCCAAGGAUGGAUCAACUUCAGAGUCGGGUCGAGAAAGCAGACCUGCAGGAUUUGAUUGACAUAUGCGAGCAACUUUCUGAGGAAUGUAGGGGUAUCUCUAAUUGUCUCAAUACCAGCCCAGUUACUUUGGCUUCGCUCGCCAAGGAGUGUCGGGCGAUCACAAAUGCGCUUGACAGGUUACACGAACUCAGCCGGUCGAUUGAAGGUGGCACAGAAAAUGUUCGGGCGUCAAACAACGAAUUCGUCUAUUCCGUUUCGAAGGAUGUGCAUGAGCUGAGGGCAGCAUUGAAACGCAUAAAGGGUCCAGAUAGGGACAGCGGCAUUCACCUCAGCGAACCACAGCUUAUCAUCGUCUGGAACGAAGCAGCAUUGAAAGAGUACCUUGCGCGGCUGCGCACUCACCAAGCGUCUCUCCAUACUCUCCUUAAUGCUGCGACGCGGCAAGUAACCUUCUUUUCUAAGUGCGCUGGUUCAAGGCUAACUCUUAGUAGUGCCGGUUAUAACUUUGGGGAAAAUGACAACAGGAGGCGCGUGAUUGAGCCAGAUAUUGGAGUAGAUGAGGCACUACGGAGCCUUGCUCGAAAGUUCACAGCGCCAAACCAACAAUCUGUCGUGUUACCUAGAGUCAGUGACUCUGCCGAGAUUCAGAUCCUACUUGAUACACUUGUACCACCACCAGGAGUCAAUUACGUGCGAACCAAGGAUGCCGCAAAUGAACUGCACAACGCCAUUGAACGGAGCGAUGAGACGGCUGUCUUUCAUAUCCUUCUCGAACGCGCAGACCCCAACAUAAUGUUGGCUGGUUCAAUGCUCUCCCCACUGCAUCGCGCUUUCGACAAAGGCCAUAUGCUGAUCGCUGCUUUUCUCAUCGUCGCUGGUGCAGAUGUUGACGAGCCAACUACUGAUGGUCAUACAGCAUUGAUGAGGGGGAUCAGAUGCGGGUUUUCGGAACAAUUUGCGACUCUUGUGAUUCACAUGAAAGCCCGCGUCAAUGCGAUCGAUAACGAUGGGUGCUCGGCUCUACACCUCUCGGCCGCUUCAGAUGUCAUCGACGAUGAAACGCUCCCAGUUCUCAUCGAUGCAGGCGCCGAUAUCAACCUUGUCGAUUAUAACGGCCAGACACCACUUCUCGUGGCAAUUCAGCAUAGCCGCUGGUCUGCGGCGACAAAGCUCGUACAAGCUGGUGCAGAUCUAGAGGUGCGAUUACCAGAUGGAAAGACAGCCCUCCACAUGGCUAUCGCAAUGCGCAACCAAGAGUUCUCCCAAGUGUUGAUAUCUCGAGGAGCAAACGUUGAUCGCGUACUCCGCGAGCAUACUCCCCUCACAAUGGCCAUCAACUCUCGCUGCACAGCUAUCACUGCUGUUCUUCUAGAUAGCGGUGCAGACCCUAAUCUGCCCAGCCGCAAUGGAAACACACCUUUACUGGCAGCAGCAUCCACAGGACAUGACGAAACCGUGCGAUAUCUCAUCGCCCAUGGAGCCGAUCCAGCAGCCACUCAAGGACACUCUGGAUACUCAGCGAUGCAUAUGGCGGCCCACAAGGACAAACCUCACAUCCUGCAACUGUUGUCUGAUGCAGGCGCACCUGUUGAUAUCUUGGAUAAGACAGGCGAAACUCCUCUCCUCGUGGCAGCCAAGCUUGGCAAUGCGCAAAGCAUCUUUCGCUUGAUCAGACUCGGUGCUGAUGUCGAGCGAGUAGGACCGGACGGGAUGAGCAUUCUUUCUCACGCAGUCAAGAUGGGCGAUGUUGACCUUGUCAUGGCACUCCUAGAGUUGGGGGCGGGUAUGCAGGUGUCAUCCAUGUUCCCUUCGAAGGGCAGUAAGGAAUAUCUGGUACCUGAGCCACAGACAACACCGAUUCACGUUGCCGCUCAGCACGCACGAGACGAGAUCUUACUGCGGCUUGUAUCCUAUGGUGCCUCUCUCGAGAGCACCAUCUUCCCUGGUCGGACACCUCUCUCCGUUGCUGCAUCUCAUGGGCACAUCUCGACAGUCCGGUUACUUCUUCGACUCGGUGCAAAUACGCACGCUUUAACAACACAUGGUGAUACGAUUCUUUUCCAGGCAUCGGCAAACCAAGCAACACUCAAGCUCUUGCUACAGCAGGGAAUUGACGUGAAUCAUCAGAACGAUCGGGGCGCUACAGCCCUUCACUACGCGGCUCUUCGCGGGCACAUCGGGGGUGUGAGGAUGUUGCUUGAGAAGGGUGCUCGACAGUACCACGCAAACGCGGUGUGGGAUGCCUGGGAGGACAGAGACGGAACUGGAGGUUAUCGACAGGGCACACCAGCUGGCAUGGCUAUGCAAAGAGGUCUGGAUAAGGUCGCAGAGUUAAUCGAGGGAUGGAAGUAUAACUGACUUUGGUGUAAUACCUGGCGAUAAGGUUAUGAUUUAAUGGAUGGAGUAAUGGCUGGACGGCGGAACUGUAUAUCCUCUGUAUGUAAUAUGGGUUUGGGUUUGGGCUUGAUGAGAUACCACAAAAGAAUUGUUAUAAUUUGGCGAGAUAUUAUUCAUGUUUGGUGUUUGUUCGUAUCAUGCAUUAUAACUGCUUGCAUGAACAGUGAAUUAAAGUCAUGGACGGAGUGCAAGUUAUGUAUCGCUGAAUGCUAUGUGCACGUUGGUAUAAAUCCAUGCAUAUUCCUCUAUAUCCGGAUCCACGUGCUGUGCAAUAGCUAAGCUUUUCAGCCCUAGCAAUGUCCCAUGUCCAAUACCAAAAGCG